AUGGCUUCGGCACCAUUUCCCAAAGAAGAAGAGGCGUUCGCGGAUGACGACCGCAUCUCAUUCUCGAAAGAGACCAAGACCUACAUUCUCGAAGACGCGGAGGGCAACGAGUGGGAGUGGCUCCAAGGUCCCCAAAAAUGGUCGAAGACGAUGGAUGAGGAAGCCGUGAAGCGGCAGGCGGAAAUUUACAAAGUCGCUGGCGUUGAUGAGGACGAGCCGGCGCUCAAUCCAGCGAAGAAACGCAAGGAGGCGCAGCUGGAGGAUCCCGAAUCCAACCCAAAGAACGCCAAGGCCAAUACCGGAGUCGGAACUGGACCUGGACCUGGACCUGGAGCCACUGGAGCGGGAUCUGGAGCCGCGACGACUGCAGCACACACCAAGCAGAACUCGGCCGUUUACGUGACUGGACUACCUGAUGACAUUGACGCUGACGAACUUAGGUUAUUCUUCAAGAAAUUUGGCAUGAUCGCGGAGAGUCUAGAUGGCAACAACAAGCGUAUCAAGCUCUACAACGAUAGUGAUGGAAAGUUCAAAGGAGAGGCCUUGAUCAUCUACCACCGCCCAGAGUCUGUGCUGUUGGCGAUUGAGAUGGCAGAUGGCGCUUGGCUUCCUCGUGAAGAUGGAUUGAAGAGCACACAGAUUCACGUCACCGAAGCAGACAGCUCCUUCAAGGCGCACAAAGGCGAUACCGUCGCGGAAGACCGGCCAAACCCCAAGGCGAAGGCGAAGAGCAACUCCCGCGCUUUGGCCAAAAAGAAGGCCGAAGAGAUGAACAGCCGCCUGGCCGAUUGGGACGACGAUGAGCCUUCCCAAAUCCAACAAACAUCAUCCCGCGCCGACAAGGUGGUCGUCAUCAAAGGUCUCUUCACUCUCGAGGGUCUCAAAUCCGACCCAGACCUCCUGCUCGACAUUCAAGAGGAUCUGCAGGAAGACGCGGCGAAGCUUGGUGCCGUCAAGAAUGUCACCGUCUUCGACAUGGAGGACAGCGGUGUCGCCACGAUUCGUUUCGCGGAUGCGACUGCUGCAAAGGCAUGUGCACGUUCCUGGAAUGGCAAAGGUUACAAUGGAAACUCCAUCUCUGCUAGCAUCUCCACCGGCGAGGAGAAGUUCAAGAAGACGCGGAAGAACGUCGAUGCCGAGGCGGAGGAGAAGAAGAGACUCGAAGAGUACAGCAAGUUCAUUGAGGGAAAGUGA